UGUAUAUAUGUUUUAUCAUACUAGAGUGAAAACAAAAUCAAUAAAUAACGCAAAGGAAAACAAAGGAUCACUUUUGGUUUCAAAUAGGACACAGUGUUUCAAUGGCUCAAUCUUUUCAGGGAGUUCAAUCCCCUUCCGGAAAAAGUAACAAUGGUAACGCAACAGAGAAUGUUACACCUGAAAGUGAAUUUGAAGGUUUCCACAACUACACGGCUGCUGAAGUCUUUAUACAAGGAUUAGCAGGAUUAGUCAAUCAGGGCGAUGUUGAAACUAUGAUUCGAGCACAAAAGCAAAUGCUACAGCGAUUUGAAAAAACGAAUGAGAUGAUGUUAAACUGUAAUCAGUUAUCACAAAGUCGUCUUAAAAACGCGAAUGAUGACUUCAAGAAGCAUGUGAAAUUACUAACUGAAAUGAAAAAAGAUCUCGAUUAUAUUUUCCGGAAAGUACGGUCCAUAAAACAAAAGCUAAGCGUGCAGUAUCCUUUAGCAUACGCAGAAGCACAGCCUCAGCGAAGCAGUUUGGCAGAGGAAGCAGAAGAUGAGACAGAAGCGAGAAGUUCUAAAACGAAUAUAGAGCAAAAGAAUGUAGAAAGCUGCACUAAUGCUGAUGAUGAAUCAGCGAAAAAUACAAGAGAUUCAUUAAAGAAAAGCACAACCGUUGAAUAUGUACAAAUGGAAGAAGCCGUUGACAAUGGCAAACCCAUUGAAAAUGAAUUAAUUAAACGUGUAUGCUCAAUUGAAACCACUAACCCCAAUGACUCGUCUGAUUGUACAUCGGAGGACACUGGGUAGACACUCAUUAAGGCCUAUAUAUAUUUAGUGUUAAAUUAUUAUAUUUUAAUUAAGAUUAAAAUGCAUAAACAUAAUUUUUAAGUUCAAUAAAUAUUACUUAAAAUAUUA